CACUAGAAGAGAUCCUUCGUUGAUGUGCAGCCCCUUGGGGCACCGUAGCCACUUGUAAACAGAUUUAACAAUGCGUGGUGACCAAAAUUGAGAAUGAUGGGAUCCCUUGUCGAGAUACGUCCCGGCAGGCGCAUAUGGGUUGAGGUUGGAGGGGCAUCAACAAACGCUCAUGGGCAUUCCUCGGACACUGUGGCAAUUCUGGUGCACGGCUCCUGUGCAAUAUCAGAACAGUAUGCAGCCCAAGUGCCAGCGCUGCACAAGGAAGGCCUGGAUACCGUCGCCUUCGACUACCUGGGAUGCGGCAGGAGCGAGAAGCCAGACGAUUUCGCAGCAUACGCAGCAGAAGAGCUGUACCAGGACCUCGUUGCUGUCUUCCAGAGCUACUCCAAGGGCUAUACGGGCGUUGUGCUGCUGGGCCACAGUUACGGGACAUACCUUGUGAACAGGCUGGCAUCUGAGCAGCCGGAGAGGGUGGCAGGAGUGGUCCUCAUUGGCGCAGGCUACCCUCUGCCGGGCGCCUUUCGACUGCGCUGGAUUUUCCACCUUCCCCUCUUUGUGCUGGGUUGGCUGCAGCCGUACCUGACAGACCAGUUCAUAAAACUGGCCUUUCACCCAGACACCUUCAAGACCAAUCCUCAGCUGAUUGAGCUGGAGAGGGGACGCUCCAAUGAAAAUCCACCCUUCAUGUUCAGGGCGUUUCACCUGCAGGCGCUGAGCCUGUUUAGGGACGCUGACCAAUACACUGACUGGCUGCGCUCCAUUCGCGCACCCGCCCUGAUCACAGCCGGAGACAAAGACUUCCUCACCCCUCUCGAUGGCAUGGGUAAGAAGGUGGCCAGCUAUUUGAAGGAUGCCAGGACUGCUGAGAUCCCUCUGGGAGGGCAUCAGGUGCAUGAAGAGCAGCCAACAGUCCUCAACGAAAAGAUUAUUGGAUUCCUGCAUGCUGUUCUGGGCAGGAGAUGACAUGGCUGAACUCAGAGCAAGUCACGCUUACAGCGUUUUGGACAGCCCCACAGAAAUAAACAAUACCGAAUUUGAACCAAUCAUGGGUGUGCUCGUGAUCAUUGGCACACUGGAAAGAAAGCUUGUGAGAAAUUUCAGGCAUGGCAUUAUAAUAAACUUGGAGGACGCACCCACACAGCCCAAAUCCUGCACAAAUCUUCUUUCGCCCAUAUAUCGCCCUAUAAUAUAGGGCCUAUAUAGCAGUGCUCUAUCUGGCUCUGGGUUCAGCAGUACACAGUGACAAAGUAUUACAUAGAAACAAAGAGCAACAUAUUGCAGUUUCAAAAUCAGACGCGCUCGGAUAUUAUUCUCUCACGUC